AUGAAGAGGCUGGGGCGGGCCCCGCCGGCAGGAAGUCCCGCCCCGGAAGCAGGCGGUGCUUCCAUGGCGGCACCGGCGCGGCGGUGGCUGGUGCCGCUGCUCGUGGCGGCGCGGGGCUUCCCCGCACGCCGAGCCCUGCACGAGUGGGCCCCGGCGCGGGAUGUGCUGCUCUUCGAGCACGAGCGGGGUCGCUUCUUCGCGGUCCUGGGGCUCUUCUGCGCCGGCCAGGGCGUCUUCUGGGCCUCGCUGGCCGGCGCGGCCCUGACCCGACCCCCGGUCCCCGCGCGGCCUCCGGAUGCGGCCACAGACCCCGGCCGUGUGGACGUGCGCUCCGCGCUCUGGCGCUACGGCCUGGCCGUGGGCUGCGGCGCCAUCGGUACCCUGGUCCUGGCCGCUGGACUUCUCUUCUCCCUGCGCUCUGUGCGGUCGGUGAUACUGCAGGCUGGAGGGAAGCGGGUGACCCUCACCACUCAUGCCCCCUUUGGCUUGGGAGCGCAGUUCACUGUUCCCUUGAACCAAGUAUCCUGCAUGGCCCACCGGGGUGAAGUCCCUGCCGUGGUGCCUCUAAAGGUCAAAGGCCGACGCUUCUACUUCCUCUUGGACAAAGCUGGAUAUUUCCCUAACACAAAACUCUUUGACAACACUGUGGGCGCCUACCGUAGCUUGUGAAAAAGCCACCUCGGGACACGCACCCCUCCAGGAGGGGAACAAAAACCACCUUUAUGCCC